UGAGUUCAUGUUGAGUUUAAACGGCUGUAAAGUUGCAGAUUUAAUUUUUUUUAUUUGCUCUAUUUUACAGGAAUGGCCGUAGAGGUGGAGAGGAAGUUUGUGUGUGAUUCAUACAUCCUAGAGAGACUGCAGCACAUUGGAGCUGUACGUUUGGGUCAGUACGAGUUUAAAGAUCGGUACUUCGACUCCGCAGACUUCACAUUAACCCUAAAAGAUUACUGGUUGAGAAAACGUGAAGGAUCCUGGGAGCUAAAACGGCCCGCGUCGUCACAGGCGGAUGCAGAGAGAAGAGCGCAGGAUGUGUGCACUAAUUACAAAGAGAUCACAGACGUGCCUCAGAUCCGAGCUGAACUCGUGGCUGCCAUGGGCAUUUCCUCAGACUGUUUAGAGGCCGAACAAGCUGAAGACGUCCGUGCUGAGUUUGAAAGAUGGCUGCAGGAUUUGAAGCUGGAGUGCUUCGCAGAGUUCACCACCGUGCGGUGUUCCUACACGCUGGAGUGCGAGGGGGACGACAAAAGAGUCCGGAUCGAUCUGGAUCAGGCGGAUUUUGGUUACUGCGUGGGAGAGAUCGAAGUCCUCGUUUCAGAAGUUGAAGAGAUGACGUCUGCAAUGCAGAGUAUCGAGAAGACAGCUCAGAGAUUAGGUCUUAGCGGCGAGCAGAAAACCCGGGGGAAAAUGGACGUGUAUCUCCAGAGAUUUCGCCCAGAUCACUACGCAGAGCUUCUUAAAGCUCAUGUACUGUAAAAUAAUUGUAACUAGUCUAUAGGGAAGUUUUGAGGCACACCCCUCAUUUCUUAAAAUUUUGCGGAAAUAAGAAGCCAGGCUUUCUUGUAUGUAGUUUGAAGAAAUAUCUCUCCAGGUAUUCCAGAGAUUGUUGAACCACCCACUGACGUGUGAAACAUCCAAGCAUAAAAAACAUAAAAAAAUUUAAUCCGGUGCAGAUGAUAACAGAUGAUCAGAUUCGUGAUUAGUACUGCAUACUGAUGAUUAUUGGUUAAAACAGACGAGAGGGGAAAUGAGGUUGCUGCUGAGGUUGCUACAUAAGCAUGGAUUUUUGGAUUGUAUCUUCAUGCACUUUGUAGUCUGUCACUGUAAAGCAUUUAUUCCUAUUUCUUUAAUUUAAUCUACAUCAUUUUAUUUAAGUUAAUAUGAAGAGAUGAUGGGUGGCUCAAGACUUUUGCACAGUACUGUAUAUUUUAUUUAUUAUUAAUAAUGAAAAAAUAAAUAUGUGCCUGUAUUCAUUUGUACAUUUAAUGUGUGACGUUUAAAUCAAUCGUCUACAAUCAGACAGUAGAAACACUACAGCAGAGUUUGUGGGGAAAGUUAAAAAACAAAUAAUUAAAAGUAUUUAAUAUAAUAAGAAACUUUCCUGUCACCACUGAUCAUUAAAUAUCAUAUGAACACCUUCGAAAAAACACUAUACAGUUAACUUUGGAUGGAUGUUUGUGAACUUUAUCAAAGUUUGUCUGAAAAACAGAACAAUAAACGUUUAAAUAAAUAUUGCAAGCUCGUACAUGGAA